ACGCCUUUUGGGGCGACUAACGGAGCGAGCGAGAGGGGACGCAGUGGGCGGAGCUUGGAGGCUGUGUGCGGUCCGACCGCACACAGGGCCCGUGAACAGCCCUUGAUGACUUGAUACAACUUUGAAUUACAGGCGAGGGACUGCCAAUUGUGGAAAAUCGUCCUCCUCGGAGACGGGUAGCUGGUCAGUGAUCAAUUGGCCGGCGUGAUGGCUGGAACGGUGCCCGACGGUGGCGACUCAGGCCGGCGCAGCACGCGCAAACAGUGGACCAUUCACGAGGGUCCUCAGUCCUCGCUGCGCCGACUGCGCAGCAACUUGGCAGAGGACGGCUGCGUGGAGUCGCAGGUUGUGAUGGCCAAACAGCUGCUGGACGCGCCCGCCGCCCCUUCCGAAGCAAAACAAAACUACGUGCAGGCCGUCUACUAUCUCACCAAGGCCUCUGAGCAGGGCAACGUGGAGGCAACCGACCUUCUGCGCGAAUGUUUUGAACAAAGCCGGGGCAUUAACGACCAGAACUACAUUGACGUGAAAAACUGUCUGGACAUGACGCAGGAGGAGAAGCUGUCGCGUCGCGCGGCUCGCGAGCUGUUCAGCACCAUGGCUGACGGACAGGACUUCAUCACCACGGCGCAGCUGCGCAGUCGCCUGCAGCGGCUCACCAGCCAGGAGCGGCGCGAUCUGGAGGCCGAGCCAGCCGCAGCCGCUGGAGAGGCUGGGGACGACGACGGCGACGGUGGUGGCGAUGGUGCGGCUGCCGCCGCGGCUCCGGCAGCCGAUACGGCCGAUGCUCCGCGCUCUGUGUCGUUUCUGAGCCGCGUCGGCGGUGAAAAGCUCUCCGAAGACUCUUUGGUGGCGGCGGCGGCCAACUUUGUCAAUGGUGACCUGCCCACCAUCAACAAGUUCCUCAAGGUGAGCGAUGACGAGACGGCCUUCCGGGAGAUGUCGCUGCUGGAGAAAGUCAUGUUCCACCCAGUACGUUCGGUCAGCUACGGCUACCACAAGAUGAUUGAGACGAUGUCGGAGCGCGGCAACGCCUUCCUGCUGUCGCUGAUCCCCACCACGCAGCUGAAGACGAUCCUGGUCGUGUUCCUGGUGUCGUUUGUCGAUAUGCGAAUGCUGCGCUUCAUCCUUCCGGUGAUGGUGCUGUACGCGGCGCUGUUCGUCAUGGUCGUCUCCACCCUGCAGAUGCUACAGCUACACGAGGACCUCGGUAACUUCCGCAUCUGGUCUCAGGUGAUGAAGAUCAUCAAGGACGACUUGAACACACAGCUAGCCGAGGCCAAGUUCUGCUGGAAGAACCUGUAUCCGUACCUGCGCUUCUUUGCGGCGAUGGCGGCGGCGGUGACGGCGCUACACUACACGGCAGCCAGCAUGGUGCUCAACUCGGAGAUCACGGCGCUGGCCGCGCUGAUGACAGCCAUCACCUUCAUCUCGCUGAGCGAGCGCCACCAGCGGCUGGCCUGGCUGUCGAUGACGCUGCACCUGGUGAUGGCCGGCCUGCACCUGUUCCCGACGCUGCGACCGGCCACCGCCGCCAGUCUCCAGCUGGCGCCCGGCCUCUUCCUCGACUUCUCGCUGCUGGCCAUCCUGCAGCUGGCCACGCUCGGCUGCUACGCCACGAUGGCGGCCCAGGAGCGGUGGCGCGGCACCUACAAGGUGCUGAUCCCGCACCUGGCCUCGGUGGUCUGGUUCCAGAUGGCCAUGCUGUUCGCGGGGGACGCCAGCACGGGCGGCGUGCUGCGCGCGGUCGGCACCUUCUUCGGCACGGUGUUCGCGCUGCCCAUCAUAGGCGGCUUUCUGCUGCUGUUCCCGGCGCUGGCGCUGGGCCGCCACCUGUACCAGGCCGGCUUCCUGCUGCAGGCGGUGGUCACGGUGGCGCUGCUGGCGCUGCCGUUCGGCCUGGCCUUCCUGCGCAGCCGGCACGCCUCGCUGACGCGGCUCGUCUCGUCGUACCAGGUGGUGGUGCUGGCGCUGGGCCUGCUCUCGCUGCUGCCGGCCGUGCACAUCACCUACCUGACGGCGCCGCCGCCGACGGACGCGGCCGCGCUGCCCUGGCAGCAGUACUACAACGUGUGCCACCGGCCGGCUCUGGACGCGGCCACCCAGGCGCAGGUGCAGCACGGCUGCCAGCUGCUCGAGGGCGCCACUGUCCAGUGGCAGGGCACCGUGGCCGACGUGCGCGUCCAGUCGGCCGAGAACAAGCUGCAGUCGCUGAUCAGCUUCCUGCCGGUGGGCCUCCAGCAGACGCUGGCCUGCGUGUACGGCCGGCCCAUCGGCGACUGCAACGCCGAGCUGAUGGACGAGGUCGGCUUCAGCCGCUGCAAGACCGCGCACGCCGUCAUGACCUCACGCUGCACGCUGCGCGCCUGGAACCGCUACCAGUUCCACAUCGUGGUGCACAUGCCGACCGGCUACCUGAACGUCAGUCCCGCGGAGGUCUACCUGUCUGCCGACAACCAGUUCCAGGCGUUCGGCCUCAACCUGCGCGUCGGCGACCGGCUCGAGUUCCGCGGUCAGCUGAGCGCCGGCCUGGGCACGGCGCGGCCGCAGCUGACGCUCACCGGUCUGCAGUGCCUCAGCUGCCACCAGGAGAUCGCGCCCAUACUGGAGGUCACACAGCGCGACGUGGUCAACGAGCUGGUCUCCAGCGCCGGUGCCCUGUUCAACUUUAUCGCCUCGCCGCUGCUGCGGUACGACGGCGAGCCGGCGCCGCCGGCGGUCGACACGUGAUCGGACUGGUAAAACUCGGCGCACCUGAAUAAAUGACACGGCUCGACGUAAACGAUGAAAGUCAUCUGCAAGCAACCAUUUUUGGGGUGUAAUCCGUUGAGUUUUAGGAUAUCAAACGGUUAAAGUAAUCUGCAAACACCCAUUUUGGGGUGUAAUCCGUUGGAGUGUAGUAUAUCAGGGCUGUGCAUUGCCCUGCUGAGGUAAAAACAUUUGUGUGUGAAACUCAGUCGCUUUCUUCAGAGGUGCUUCGCGUUGGCUGGCGGACUAUUAUAAUGCUUUCCGUGAGUUUCACUGCGGUAAUGUAAUGGGCAUAGCCGGUAACCUGCCGCGUCUGUCGGUCACGCACGUGCAGCUUCCUGUCGGCGCCGCGGACUGUUCGCUAGCUCCUCCCCACAUCGUCCGCUCGCGUGCACUAGUCAGCUGUGAGCCUCCAGCGCCAGAUUCUCUGUCGUGCAAUGUGCACAAACGCGGCCACUAUUCUGCCUGUCGCGGCCAGAUACUGUAACUUGAUCGUUGACUGUCCAGCGGGAGUAAUUAGGGAUGAGUAACCGUCACUAAUGCAGCUUUAUGGUUAGGGUAUUGAUGGGGUAUCACGGUGAAGCGUGCCCUGUUUCGGAUGCCUUCAUGUAAAUAUGCGUGUGUUAAUGCCUCAGGCAUCGGAUUGAACGAGUAACACCCGACUCGACUAGCUUUACUCAGUUGUGGUUAUAACCAAGAUCUGUUUACUUUUUAACCGUGUACCAUAGAGAUAUUGAGCACAUUCACAACCUCGGUUGAUGGUACUGUAGGCUGCAUGAACCAGUGCUCUGCUUGCUGUCUCUAUGUGCUUAUUGUUGUUUCAAUGCUUUGCUUUGCUUUUUGACACCGAGAGCGUUAUCGUCCAUGAAAAAUGGCAAAAGAAGGCCUUAUAUUGUUCUUGUGACGAGCUCAUGGUAUCGCACUUAUGAAACUUUGUUGUGUGAAAGUUUAUAGGGUUUGGAACCCAAUAGAAAGUCGUAGUGAUGAUUUUCUAGUCUAACAAAGUAAUAAAUUUCUGAUACAUGC